AGGAUCAGUCAGUCAUAGCCCGCGCAAUGAUUCGGUAGCUGCAAAGCAAUGUGCUAAGCUUAGAGUUGAAAAAAAUUAAGAAUAUAAGAACAUUGUUAUAAGUACACAUUUUGGUUUCAAAUACUUUCAUCGCGAGAAACAUUUACAUAUAAUCUUUGCAAGAGAGACGAAUAUUACUGUUUAUUACACAUGCCACGUUUUUUUUAUUCAAAAGUAGUACAUUUCAUGUACUUAGAUACUUGCGUAUUAAGUGCGUCAUUACCUUGAGACAAUUGAACACCACUUUUCACAUACACUUGUACCGACAGUUCAUUAGUGAAUCUUCUUUGAAAUCGCGAAAACAAAGUCGAAAAGAAUCAGUGAGGAUUCAAUUAGGUUGUGUUACAAUUUUCUCAUAAAAUGGAGACGUACCGUCUUUUUAUAAGACUUUUUCUAAUAGCUGUAACGCACGCGUAUGUUAUAUUCGGCUCUGUGAUACAUUUCCCCGAUACGGUAAUGACACCGUAUGAGUUAUGCGCAACUGAUCAAUGUAUAAACACAGGUUCAGAAAUUAUAUUCAAUUUAAAUCACUUGAUUGAUCCUUGCGACAAUUUUUAUAAAUUUGCUUGUGGCGGAUGGUUGCAAAAAAUUCACGAAAUGAAUUUGUCGAAUUCAUACAUUUUAAGAAUCUACGAGAACACUGAACGCGAAGCAAGGAAACAAUUUCGAGAAAUCAUAGAACAACCCGAUAAAGAAAGUGAUGCUAAGUCUUUGAGAAAAGCGAAACAAAUAUAUACGCAGUGCAUGAAAAAUGAUGUCAUUGACGCCACGAAUAGAACGCUUAACUAUAGCGCUAUUUUAUUUAAGUAUGUUGAGUGGCCACUACUUAUGACUUCUCGCAGUAGGAAACAUUUUUCGUGGCACCAUACCGCUAAUGAUUUAUAUAAAAUAGGGUUUAACAACGGUCUUUUUAAUAUAGAAGUAAUACCGGAUAUCCGAAACUUCAAUAGUAACAUUAUCUUUAUAAGUGAACCUACGUUUUUUUACUCGCGAGAUGUCACGGUUCUGCUUAACGAAACUGAAAAACAAAAGAGAGAAACGUACAAAGCUCUUAUCUUAAACAUUGGAUUUUAUCUUUUUGAAGCAACGCACGGGGAAUCGACUGUCGAUAUGAACAUCCUUAAUCAACAUGUAGAAGAACUCAUAAACUUUGAGAUAGAACUGGCUAGCCUGACAGUGAUAAACGAAGUGAAGGACAAUUAUAAGUAUCUUUUUCGGCUAACAAUCGAACAAUUGCAAAAGGAAUAUGAUAAGCAACAUCCCGGUAAAAAGGGGAAGAUUAAUUGGCUUAAAACCAUUCAAAGCGUCUGUGCAUCAGACAAAAUUUCGAUAGGACCGUCUGAAAAGCUCUACGUUUCAGCAUACAGUUAUCUUACUAAAUUGGUACCGUUACUAGAACGAACACCAUCUCGUAUUAUUGUUAAUUACAUGGUAUGGACCUUAAUUCGCUCGUUUUAUUUUCACUUUGUAAAAGUUUUACUGAACAAUGACAUCAAUAUGGACAAAUGGUCGUUCACAUGCGUAACAGAUUUAAAUUUGAAAGCUGCUAUUUUGCAUGAAUAUGUAAAAAGAUACGUAUCGCGCGAUAGUAUAGACAACAUAAAAAAAUUAAUCACAGACGUACAAAAUACAUUUAUGGAACAGAUAGAAAAUUCCACUUGGAUGGACGAGCCUACAAAAAAAGCGUCUCUUGAUAAAUUUGCGUUUAUGAGACACCUAUUUCUUAUGCCUGAUUUUUUGAACAGCAGCGAAGCUAUUGACAGAUAUUACGAAGACGUGAAUAUCAACACAAACUAUCUCGAAACUGUCAUGAAUAUAACUCUAUUUCGAAGAAAGAAAAUGAUGAGUAUGUCAACGAUAUCUGACAACAUUUUUGAAGCGGAUAUUGACCUGGUUAAUAUGGAAAUUUACUACUCUCCUGUCUUCAAAAUUGUCGUUCCAGCCCCGACGUUGUUACAAGAUCCUGCAUAUGACAAAAAUCGUUUUGCAUAUAUGAACUACGGAUCUCAGGAAUUUAUUAUUAGACAUCACAUGUAUGAGGCUUUCUAUGAUAUUCUUGAGUAUAACGGGAUGUUGUCACGACAAUUUGUCAAUGAUCCGGAACUAACGCAAUGUUUCAUUGAUAAAUACAACAACUAUCAAUUGCCGGGAUUAGAACAUAUCGUCGCUCACGCAAAAGGAAUCAAGACACUUCUUAAAAACAACAUCAUUGACUCUGCGGUAAUUGCAGAUGCAUAUUACGCGUACAAGAACAGAAAAGCGAAGCUGCCGCUCGAUUACGAGUGGCGGUUUUAUGGACUGGAGGAAUAUAACGAUGAUCAGAUGUUUUUUAUAACUUAUGCUCAAGCGAUGUGCGAAAAUAUUCCGCCGGCACAAUUAGAGUGGCGUAUAAAGAACUUUUAUAUUUCAAAUGAAAUUAGAGUUCGCGAUACUCUUAUUAAUUUCCCUGAAUUCUCCGCGGCUUACAACUGCCCUGUAGGAAAGCCAAUGAAUCCGGAAAAAAAAUGCAAUUUUCGAUAGUAAACCGACGAAGUAUUGUGUUAUGUAGCUACUACGAGAUAGUAGGGAUGUCUUUUUUUGAACAACAUAUUUUACUUAAAUUGAAUUUAAAAGUUAGAUAGCUAUGUUAUGUGUAUACAGUUUUAUGUUUUAAUGUAAUAUAUUAUAGCUUCGCUUUUUUAAUAAAAAACGCAAUGACAA